CGAGCCGCGCACGGGAACCGCGCUUCCCGCGGAAACUCCGCGCGCUUCCGCGGACGCCCCUCGCCUCGGCCCGGCCGCCCGGCGCUCGGCGUCCAGGGCCCUGCGGGCUCCCCCGUCCCCCGCGGUCCUUGCGGAGCCGGGCGAAGGGGGACUUUUCCUCUCCGUCUCCUCAGCCUCCUUCUUUUCUCCUCCUGUCACCGCCUUCUGAGCCCAGCCGAGGGACACACCUGAUCUUUUUCCUCCCCUUCCUCCUCCUCCCUCUCUUCCUCCCCCCUCCCCCCUCCCAUUCCUCCCUGGGGACUCUCCGGAGAAAGAGCGCCGGGAAGGGGGCAUGCGGGUCCCCCUCUGACGGUGGCCAGGUUUGGCGUGACACACGCACAGAUGGCCAAGUGGCUGCGGGACUACCUGAGCUUUGGCGGCCGGAGGCCCCCUCCGCAGCCGCCCACCCCCGACUACACGGAGAGCGACAUCCUGCGGGCCUACCGUGAGCAGAAGAAUCUGGACUUCGAGGACCCCUAUGAGGACUCGGACGGCCGCCUGGAGGCGGACCCCGCCGGCGCCGGGGACGCUAAGUACGACUCGCCCAAGCACCGGCUCAUCAGGGUGGACGCCGCCCACAUGGCCAGAGCCAAGGCCUUCCUGGGCAGCCCUGGGGAAGAGACGUGGACACUGAGGCCCACAGAAGAGAAGCAACUGGCCAAGUCGGAACUGGACACCGAGUACUCAGACCCCUUUGACGCCCAGCCUCACCCUCCACCUGCGGAUGACGGGUACAUGGAGCCCUACAAUGCCCAGAGGGCUGUGAGCGAACUGCCGUGCAAGGGGGUGCAACUGUAUGACACGCCCUAUGAGGAGCAGGACCAAGAGCCAGGAGAUGGGCCCCCUUCUGGGAGGAGGCCUCGCCAGAGCCGGCUGCCUCAGGAGGAUGAGCGGCCGGCAGAUGAGUACGACCAGCCCUGGGAGUGGAAGAAAGAUCACAUCUCCAAGGCGUUCGCAGUGCAGUUUGACAGUCCGGAGUGGGAAAGGACCCCAGGCUCAGCCAAAGAGCUCCGGAAACCCCCAGCCAGAAGCCCCCAGCCCGCAGAGCGCGUGGACCCGGCGGUGCCCCUGGAGAAACAGCCGUGGUUCCACGGCCCACUGAGCCGGGCCGAUGCCGAGAGCCUCCUGUCGCUCUGCAAGGAAGGCAGCUACCUCGUGCGGCUCAGCGAGACCAGUCCCCAAGACUGCUCCCUGUCCCUCAGGAGCGGCCAGGGCUUCCUGCAUCUGAAGUUCUCACGGACCCGGGAGAACCAGUUCGUGCUGGGCCAGCACAGCGGCCCCUUCGCCAGCGUCCCGGAGCUGGUGCUCCACUACAGCUCCCGGCCGCUGCCCGUGCAGGGCGCUGAGCAUCUGGCCCUGCUGUACCCCGUGGGCACGCAGACCCCCUGAGCCCCGGAGCUGCGGCCCCUGCCCGGCACCGCGAGGGCCUGCAGUCCCUGGCCGCAAACGCUCAGGCCUGUCCAGUCUUGCAGGAAGCCGGAGGGAGGGACCCCUACCCCUCCAAGCCCUGGGCCUUAGUCAGGGCUGCCUUCCUGGCCUUCUCCUGGGCUCUGGGGUACGGAAUUGUGCUUCUAAGCACGCCUCCGGCCUGGAAAAUAAAUAAGUUAUUGUGUGU